GAGGAAGAAAUGCCUGAGCCAGCAAAGACCGUCCCUAAGAAGGGCUCCAAGAAGGGUGCAACCAAGGGUGCCAGCAAAGGAAGCAGGAAGAGGAGAAGGCCCAGGAGGGAGAGUUAUGCCAUCUACGUGUACAAGGUGCUGAAGCAGGUCCAUCCUGACACCGGCAUCUCGUCCAAGGCCAUGGGCAUCAUGAACUCCUUCGUGAGUGACAUCUUUGAGCGUAUUGCAGGUGAGGCGUCUCGUCUGGCUCAGUACAACAAGCGCUCCACCAUCAGCUCCAGGGAGAUCCAGACCGCCGUGCGCCUCCUGCUCCCUGGGGAGCUGGCCAAGCACGCAGUGUCUGAAGGCACCAAGGCUGUGACCAAGUACACCAGCUCCAAGUAAACGGCUCAACUGUUGAAUGGAAACCAACCCAACGGCUCUUUUAAGAGCCACCCAC